CGUCGUCCGACACCAAAAAGUAAACAGACUUGUUCUGAGCUGUCAAAGAGCAGAUCGGACGGCGCUGUUUGCUAGUCGCUCCGUGAAGGGUUUGCUGUCCAAACAGUCAGUGUGAAACGGUUUGUUUUUGACCAACACGAAUAUAUUGUGGCGCAGCCGUUUUGUUUCACGAUUAAAGUGUCUCGCUUUCUGCUUUCAUAGCGCGUUAAGCAGCUAACUGGUUGCUAGCCGCUGUCCUUCGCAGUUUACACAAGCGUAACAUCAGCUGACAGCUGACGGUAGGCUUUCUGUGUACAGCGAUAUGCUUUCACGUCUUUCCCAUAGCUGUGUGGAUGAAGCCCAGCUGUGAGUCGGGUGUAGCAGCUGAUGUAACGCUACACUGACGGCGCAGUGACAUUCCCAGCGGCCGUGACCACCCCGCUUUAGCCGCUAGCUGUCCAGCCUGCUUGUUGCUGCUGCUGCUUCCUGUUUGUUUCUCUGCGUGCCGACAUCUGAUGUGGCUGUGAUCUCUAACAGAAUUUGUGAAUACUCAGAAUGGUGUUAGUGCUGGACAGAUAGAAGUGAUGAAACCUCAACACCAGAACCCCGCCAUGGCUGAGGAGGGACAGAUUAGUCCGGUGGGAGGACGCGCGGGCUCCUCGGGCCGCCCGGGCCGACAAACCUACACGAGUUCGGCCCAUUUCUGCAGCCUGCUGGACGGCCUGCUGGCUCUCAGGCAGAGCGGCAUCCUGUACGACGUGGUGCUGCUGGUGGAGGGUCGUCCCAUCAAAGCCCACCGGAUACUCCUGGCGGCCUCUUGUGAUUAUUUUAGGGGGAUGUUUGCUGGAGGCCUCCGGGAGAUGCAGCAAAAGGAGAUCCCGAUUCACGAAGUGUCUUAUGUGGCCAUGAAGAAAAUACUGGACUACAUCUACACUUCAGAGAUCGAGUUGGACCUGGAGUGUGUGCAGGAAGUGCUGAUAGCUGCCACGCUACUGCAGCUUGAGAUUGUCAUCGGCUUUUGCUGCGACUUCCUGUUCUCCUGGCUGGACGAGAGCAACAUCUUAGAGGUGCUGCACCUGGCUGAUGUCUACGGACUGCAGCAGCUCAACGCCAGAGUCCACUCCUACAUGCUCAGGAACAUCCAGACUUUGUCUCGAACCGAUGUGUACCGACAGCUGCCCCAGGACGAGGUCUUCAGAGCGCUGAGCAGCGACAGGCUUCAGGUGAACAGCGAGAACGAGGUGUAUGAGGCGGCUCUUCACUACCACUACAGUCCUGAGCAGGUGGAAACUGACCAGGUGUACUUGCAGGACAAUCUGAAGAUGCUCGCGGCUGUGCGUUUCUGUCUGAUUGAGAAGCAUGUGCUGCAGAGGUUGUAUGACAGACUGAACCAGUGUCCCCUGAAGGACUGCGUGUCAGCCGCUCUGUACUACCACGAGCAGGAGAUGUGGCAGCCCGUCCUGCAGAGUCCCCUCACGCAGCCGCGGUCCACCCUGCACUGCAUACUGGGCUUUGGGGGGAUGUUCACCUCCACCUCCCUCACUGACAGCGAGCACUUGUUUCAGGUGUUCCACCCGAGCUGGGGCGAGUGGAGGACUCUGACUGCAGCUCACGCCCCCCGCAUGUCCAACCAGGGCAUCGCUGUGCUCAACAACUUCGUUUAUCUCAUCGGAGGAGACAAGAACACCAACGGGUUUCGAGCAGAGACCCGCUGCUGGAGGUACGACCCCCGUCACAACAGCUGGUGCUCCAUCCAGCCUCUGCAGCAGCAGCACGCUGACCACUGCGUGUGUGUGCUGGGCGGCCACAUUUACGCCAUCGGAGGACGGGACUACAGCAACGAGCUGGAGUCGGUGGAGCGCUAUGACCCGCACACCAACACGUGGGCGUUUGUGUCGUCUCUGAAGAAAGAGGUGUACGCCCAUGCUGCAGCAGUGCUGGAUGAGAAAAUCUACAUCACGUGCGGACGCAGAGGAAUGUCCUACCUCAGAGAGACAUACUGUUUUGACCCUGUGGCCAACAGCUGGACGGCGUGCGCCGAGGGGCCGGUGGAGCGGGCGUGGCACGGCAUGGCCGCCGUUAAUGGGCGCCUUUAUGUGAUUGGUGGAAGCAAUGACGAGUGCAGAUAUCGGCGUGACGUCCUGAAGGUGGCCUGCUUUGACCCUGAAGCCAACUCGUGGUCUUUAGUGACCCCGCUGCCCGCUGGACACGGAGAACCAGGCGUCGCCGUGCUGGACGGUCGCAUCUACGUCCUGGGAGGACGCUCGCACGACAAAGGCAACAGGAUGAAGUACGUUCACGUGUACAACGUGGACACGGACGAAUGGGAGAGCGAGACAGAGUUUAAGGAGCGCGUCUCUGGCCUGGCAGCCUGCGUGGCCCUCAUGCCUCCCGCCGUCGUUGCCAAGGCCCGGAGCUGGGAGCAGCGCACCAAGGCUUCGUGGGAAGACGUGGACAUGGACAACUCAGAGGAGUCCAGUGAGGACUGAAGGUGAACUGAGCGUCCCGGCGCUGGAGACCGUCGUGCACUUUUCAUACACAGCAUGCUGAAGUCUGUUCUUUGUGGCGGCGGUUACGGCGGCCUCGUGUCCUUCUUGCACGUUGACCACUUUGAGUGCCUCUGAACCAAAGUGUCAUUCAGGACUUGUCAGAUAUCUUUUCAGACUGUCACACUCUGUCCCCUCUGACGCCUGCCCGCUCAAAUGCUGAUCCCUCGUUACUUCCUGUCACUGUUGAGGUGAAGACGACUUCCGGCUAUGCAAUAACACGUUAAUAUGAAGUUCCCUCAGCUGCCUGCGGGUUUGUUCUCUGAAGACAUUUUGACACUGGAUCCUCCUAAAUUUGGUUUGGACUUGGGUGGACUCUGAAUGGUCUGAAUGUGUCCUCAGGCGUGGACUGUGGCUUCGCGUCAUGCUUCUGUACCAGAGUACGAACGCAACUGGCUGUCGGCUGAUGUGUCCGAGUUUACACACACGGGGACUUUGUGGUGCUUUCAGGUGCACCUCGUAAACUCUGACUCUUAGUGCUCAAACGGCCACGAAGGUUGUUUGAAAUGUUUGAAGUAUUUUGCUUUCUUGAAAUACAUCAGUCACGUGUUUUAAAAAUGAAAUAUUAUACAAGAAUAUAAACAUUCUUGUAGGACAGGUUCCCGUGUGCCUCAGAGAUUUUGUUCUGUUUGGUUCUUCUGCAGCAUUUUUACGUAAUAAAGUCCGAUCCAGUAUGCAGACAUCUCGGCAGGCAGCUUGGCUGCUGAGUCACAGUUCAUCUGCUGUUCUGUGCCACGUGAAAAGCAGUUGAGAGUCAACACUGCCGGGCAGGUGUCAGACCAGCUCUUUACCGCCUCAGCAGCAUUGAAAUAUUCAAAAACAAAUGAACCCUGUUAUAGACCGGACCACCCGGCCUGAGUUUGGGCGUCAGAUUUACAAGCACCGCUUUUCAUUUGUAACGACACCCUCCAGUUAGUUAUGGAAGUUGUUCAGAUGUUUUUGAGAAUGAAUGAUUGUUGUUGACUUUUCUUCAUGAUUUAGUUUAUGGCUCCACCCAGGAGUUGCAGGUUAUUCCCAGGAAUUACACUGUGCCCAUCCGAAGCACGCAGUUUGAACAGUGUGCCUUGUUCUUGUGUCGACUUGUGUUGUGCUGAUGGAGGGGAGCCUUCGGCGUCACCGUCGGCCUCUCGUAUCACCGUGCGUUUCUGCCUGAACGGCGAGCCGCCGCAGCCACAAGUCGCUCAAAAACAAAACCGUUAUGGCCAAAACGUUGACUUUGUACGGAAGCACAAGAUCCUGCAAGUCAAGACAAGAAUAUUUAUCACAAAGCUGACUUAAUGUCUCACCAUGAAAUAAUCUCUCAUUAUUAUUACUCUCAUCACACUGGCAGUAAGUGGGCUUCCUGAGCCUUUAGUUUAUUUUGGAUUCGUUGUUUCGUUUGUUCGUUGUAGAGGAUUUCUGUUUGCUUCGAGCUCGUUUGCCUCAGUGCUGCCCGAUGGGAGAACUUCAGGAGGACGUCUGGUGUCAAAUGUGCUUCUCCUCUUCAUAUGAUGAGACUCUUUAGAGAUAAACUGACUGUACUCCAACGCACCGUCACUCGAGAUGCGAACAAUUAGUAUCCUAUUCAUGAGACAAGUUUGGAAAUUUAAUAAAGAUAAUAAUAUAU